GAAAGAGAAACUGCAGUGGGGAGAGGACUACAUCAGCGCAAUACCAAUACUGUACAAUGCUUUAGGUGGAUUCCAGCUCUUUAAAUUGAUCUCUCUGCCUAUAUAAAUCCUAAAUACGAGACAAGGAAAAGUAUUGUUAAAGCUCAGGUCUCCGUGAAAAAAGGACGAGAAAAAGGGAGAGCGAGAGAGAGCCCGUAAAACACCGCGGAUCCGCCAUGCCAGAGCAGAGCAAUGACUACCGGGUGGUGGUGUUCGGGGCGGGCGGGGUGGGCAAGAGCUCGCUGGUCCUGCGCUUCGUCAAGGGCACGUUCCGGGACACCUACAUCCCCACGGUGGAGGACACCUACCGCCAGGUGAUCAGCUGCGACAAGAGCGUGUGCACCCUGCAGAUCACCGACACCACGGGCAGCCACCAGUUCCCCGCCAUGCAGCGCCUGUCCAUCUCCAAGGGCCACGCCUUCAUCCUGGUGUACUCCAUCACCAGCCGCCAGUCGCUGGAGGAGCUGAAGCCCAUCUACCAGCAGGUGCUGUCCAUCAAGGGCAGCGUGGAGAGCAUCCCCGUCAUGCUGGUGGGCAACAAGAGCGACGAGUCGCAGCGCGAGGUGGAGACCAAGGAGGGGGAGGCCCAGGCGGCCGCCUGGAAGUGCGCCUUCAUGGAGACGUCGGCCAAGAUGAACUACAACGUCAAGGAGCUCUUCCAGGAGCUGCUCAACCUGGAGAAGAAGAGGAACAUGAGCCUGAACAUCGACGGCAAGCGCUCCAGCAAGCAGAAGCGUGCCGACAAGCUCAAGGGCAAGUGUAGCGUCAUGUAG